UCUACCGAGAGCCUCUGACGUCCUGGAAAAUGGCGGUGCCCUUGUUACAAUGGGGAUUGUUGUUGGUCAUUUGUUAACCAAUUUUCUGUGAAUAACUGCGGAUUAUUCGUUCGCCCGUCUGCUUUAGGUGGCUUACUCCGACGCCUACAUGCUAAAGCAGUCCAGUGCAGCCGGUCCGUCCACCGCCUCCCCUCAAUCAAUGAAGGAAUCCAAGGAGAACCUAUCGAUGACUGGACAAGCAAUUCUGGACCACAUCAAGCCAUGCUGGUACUGGGACAAGAAGGAUUUAGCCCACACUCCCUCUCAGUCUGAGGGCCUGGACCCCGGCACAGAGGCCCGGUAUCGGAGAGAGGGAGCCCGCUUCAUAUUCGAUGUGGGGACCAGACUUGGCCUACACUAUGACACGCUGGCAACUGGCAUCAUAUAUUUCCACCGCUUCUACAUGUUUCACUCCUUCAAGCAGUUUCCCAGAUACGUGACCGGAGCUUGCUGCCUUUUCCUGGCUGGAAAAGUAGAAGAAACCCCAAAGAAGUGUAAAGACAUCAUCAAAACAGCUCGGAGCUUACUGAACGAUGUGCAGUUCGCCCAGUUUGGAGAUGAUCCGAAGGAAGAGGUGAUGGUGUUGGAGAGGAUCCUUCUCCAGACUAUCAAAUUUGACCUGCAGGUGGAGCAUCCCUACAUGUUCCUGCUGCGCUACGUCAAGCAACUCAAAGGGGAGAAGAAUAAAGUGUGCAAGGUGCUACAGAUGGCGUGGACGUUUGUCAAUGACAGCCUGUGUACCAUGCUGUCUCUGCAGUGGGAGCCAGAGAUCAUCGCAGUGGCUGUCAUGUACCUGGCAGGCCGGCUGUGUAAGUUCGACAUCCAGGAGUGGACUGCCAAGCAGUCGUCACGCCGCUGGUGGGAGCAGUUUGUCCAGGACGUCCCAGUGGAGCUACUUGAAGACAUUUGCCACCAGAUCCUGGACCUGUACUCUCAGGGAAACAAGCCCAUCCCUCAGCAGAUGCAGGAGAAGGAGCGGACGCCUGCUCUUCCGACUCCUGCUCCUCCAGCUCCACAGGGAGCACCUCCAGUAGCCAACCCUCCUCCCCCUCCACCAAAGAAGACUUCCCCUCAGGGUGGCAGCCCUGCACGCCAGCUCAAACGCUCACAUGCAUCCCCAAAAGAUGAACCAAAGGCUCCAGAACAAGUUGGAUCAAAGAUUCCUCGACUGGAGAGCCCCAUGCCCCCACUGCCUACAUCGCAGCCUCCCCCAGCUCCUCCCACGGAAGCAGAACCAGUGAAUGAAACGGCUCCUCCUCCGCCACAUGCUCCGCCUCCACACCAGCCUCCUCCGCUGCCCCACCGCCCUCCUCCGCCACCUCCCUCCAACUACAUCAUGUCCACCACCAGCUCCUACAUGUCCGGAGAAGGCUACCAGAGCCUGCAGUCCAUGAUGAAGACAGAGGGUCCCUCCUACGCCCCCAUGCCACCCAGCUACGCUCCACCGAUACCGCCAUAUCACCCGCACGUCUACCCGCCGCCUGCAGCGCCCCCUCCAGGCCCUCCGCCUCCUCCCUCCACCUACCCGCCCCCCAGCUUGCCGCCAACCUAUCCGCCGCCAGGCUACAACAGCUACCCUCCUCCACCGCCUCCACGCAUGCCGCCGGGUCAUGUGCCCCCACCAGGGAUAGGCCUCCCACCUACCGGGUACCCUCCUCCACCUCCUGUGCCACCAGGACAGUCACAAGUGCCCCUGCCCCCUCCGCCUGGCAUGCCUCUGAACCGCGGUGGGUGGAUGAGAUGAGAGGGUGAUGUCAGCCUAUUAACUGAGCAGAGCCACAGCUUCGGAUGGAAGCUCUUUGAACACAACCAGGAACUGAUUCUUCUGGUACAAACCGAGGAAAGAGGAGCUUCUUCAGCACAACUUCUGAGGAACAGAUUCUGGGGUUGUGAUUGAAGGUCUGUCAACCAAUGGACUUGAACGGAAAAGUGAGGUCUGGAUAGUGUUGUUAUGAGAACCAGAAGUGGUGGUAGCAGUUCCCGGUAUGAAUCUUGAAAUAUUUUUUUGAAAUAAGAGGCUUCAACGGUUACGGGAUGGUACUUAAGCUGGGCUCAGACUGCAGGAGUUUCAGGAUAAUUAACCUCCUGACAGUCGGAGGAGACGUCUGGUCUGGGAUCCUGGUGUGAGUCGAUGUUGGAAUUUACACAUCCAGACUUGCACUCGCACUCAUCGAAGCCGUCCCGAUAAUAUCAAACAUGUUUGAUAUUUAUGAGUUAAUAACUAGAUGGCUGCGAUUAUCAUGCUAACACCAUUCUAGCUCUUAGGACUAAUGCUGGCUACAGAUUAUAAGGCGGAUACUUCUACUUUUGUCACCCAAACUGGUUUAUCCUUCUGCUUUUCCUAUUCUUACUAUUUCACCAAGUUGUUGCGCCACAGUCUCCAUUUUGUUUACAUUUGUUUACCCAUGUGACCGCAGGAAGUGGUGCACGGCUCUACUCUGGCAAGAUAAUCUGUAAUAUUCAAUGCACCAUUAUUUUUCAAACCUGUUGUGUACAUGUCUGAGACUAGAGAGAAGAAUAUCUAAUACUUCUCCUGUGUGUGUUGGAACUAGGAUUUUAAAACUCCUGUAGUGUGAGCCAGCUUCAGGGCGCCCAGUUCCAGGAUCUUAUAACAAACACUGUCCAGUCGUUGUUUUCGUUCCAGGAAUGUACCGAGAAAUAUUAGCACCCUGAUUUUUACGUGUUUUCUUUUCCUUCUUUUAGUUUUGUCUCACAUGCUCUAUCACUAACUGUAGGGGGAUGAAACGCUCCAUUUUCACUUUACUUUGGAGGGCUUCAAAGGUUAGCGUCUGUAGUUUAUUAGCCUUAUGCCUUUUGGUUUUCCUGAGUGUCCAAACACCCCAGUGUCAGUUUUUUUCUCUACAUUCCCCCUGUUUUGCUGAGAAAAACAGAGUGUAAUAAACAAUCUUGAGAUGGUUGAAUUUGCAGCAGUUGCAUCUGAAAAGGACUGUCACACUGAAGACUUGAAAACAAACAUUCUGUAUGUAAGAAAUGUUGGAGAACAUACAGUUUAACACAAAAGCUGCAACAAUUAUUCGAUUAGCUGUGGUCUAUUAAAUUAAUCGCAAACUAUUUUUAGUACAUUUCGAAGAAGUCCAAAUUCUCUUAUUCCGGCUGUUUAAAUUAGAAUAUUUUCUAUUUUGUUCCUCCUAAUCGACGGUAAACUGACUAUCUCUGGGUUGGGGACAAAACAAGACAUUUAAGGACGUCACCAGAUCAAUUUUUUUUUCACUAUUUUCUGAUAUUUUGUUGACCAAACUAAUCAAGAGAACCAUCAACUGUGAAAAGUUGUAGCCUGCGUUAACACAUACCAUCUAAUCUUACUGUCAUCACAUUUUAUUUUUAGGUAAAAUGUUGUGCGAUAUUUCUGCUACCAUUAGAUGCUGUCAUUUCAUUUUAUCAAUGUUCUUAUUUCCUCUUACAUUAUUUUUUAGUGAAUCUGCACUGCAGAGUAUGAAAUGAAGUACAGAACAGAAACCCUGUUGUUGAAUCAACCACGUCUUAACACUGGACAGUCUGAGGUAUAAUAUGUGUACGUAUCAGACCUUUUCAUUUAGACAGAUGCUUUUGAGAUCUCCAUCUUUAUGUGCCUUAGUCGGGCUUCUCUGUUCUGUCUCUGCACGCAGCUUUGGUUUAGUGUAUUAAUGGUUCUUAUGACAUUAAAGACCUGCUUUUCCUGGUUUCAAA